CAACAAUACUCUCCACUCGCUCCACACAACACCACUCUACCCACCCACAUUCCCAACAAAGCUCUGUCUAGUGUUCACCACAAAAACAGAGCAUGUUGCGCCUUACUCUUCCCGCCAUUUCCCUCUUCCUCACUCUCCUCACUCUCACAGAUGGCGGCUCCAUUGGCGUCAACUACGGCCGCAUAGCCAACAACCUUCCAUCCGCCGUCAAAGUCGUACAGCUCUUGAAAUCCAACGGCCUCAACCGCGUCAAGGUAUACGACACUGACCCCGCCGUCCUCCACGCCCUCUCCGGCACCGACAUCAAGGUCACCGUCGACCUCCCCAACCAGCAGCUCUUUGCCGCCGCCAGAUCCCUCUCCUUCGCCGUUGCAUGGGUCAACCGCAACGUCGCUGCCUACCACCCCCACACACAAAUCGAGGCCAUCGCCGUGGGCAACGAGGUCUUCGCCGACCCGAGCAACACCACCAAGUUCCUAGUCCCCGCCAUGAAGAACAUUCACCAAGCUUUAAUACGCUUCAACCUCCACAACCAAAUCAAGGUCUCUUCCCCGAUCGCACUAGCCGCACUCGGAAACUCUUACCCCUCCUCCGCCGGGUCAUUCCGACCGGAACUCAUCGAACCCGUUUUCGAGCCCAUGCUCCGGUUCCUCCGCGAAACCGGUUCCUACCUCAUGGUCAACGUGUACCCCUUCUUCGCUUACGAGUCCAAUGCUGACGUAAUCUCCUUGGACUAUGCACUGUUCCGACAGAACGCCGGCGUGGUUGAUCCCGGUAACGGCUUGAGGUACUUCAACCUUUUCGACGCUCAAAUAGACGCCGUUUUUGCUGCGCUUUCGGCUCUUAAGUACAACGACGUUGAGAUCGUGGUAACGGAAACGGGUUGGCCCUCCAAGGGAGAUAACAAUGAGGUAGGCGCGAGUGUAGAGAACGCCGCAGCUUACAAUGGAAAUCUUGUCCGUAAGAUCUUGACAGGUAGCGGGACCCCUCUAAGGCCUAAAGCAGAUCUCACCGUUUAUUUAUUCGCGCUUUUUAAUGAGAAUCAGAAAUUUGGACCCACGUCUGAGAGGAAUUUCGGACUGUUUUACCCCGACGAGAGGAAGGUUUACGAUAUUCCGUUCACAACGGAGGGUUUAAAGGACUAUCACGACCGUCCGUCGACGUCACCAUCGCCGUCUACGGCAGCUCCGGCGACUCCUGUGAACCCUGUGACUGCUCCGUCGACUGGUAAUGGUGGCGUGUCAAAGAGCAGCGCGGCGAACACCUGGUGCGUAGCGAACCCCGAUGCGCAGAAGGAGAAGCUUCAGGUGGCUCUAGAUUUCGCUUGUGGUGAGGGAGGUGCUGAUUGCCGUCCGAUACAGCCAGGUGCCACGUGUUACGAUCCGAACACGCUCGUGGCGCACGCGUCGUUCGCUUUCAACAGUUACUAUCAGAAGAAGGCGCGUGCGGGUGGUAGCUGCUAUUUUGGGGGUUCGGCGUACGUGGUCACGCAAGAGCCUAAGUAUGGUAACUGUGAGUUCCCUACUGGAUACUGAAGAAUGAAGAGUAUGAUGCACUUGGCUUAUUAUGCAUUGUAAAGUUAUUUGAAAAAAGAAUAUGGUGGGAGGAGUGUGGCUACUGGCUAGUUCAGAGUAGCUGAGUUAAUUUAUUGUAGUUGUUGACGAUCAUCAGUUUCAAGAAAUUUUUUGGACUUAGUCAUUCCAGUUGGUGGGGAGUGGGUAGCUAUAUUAACUUUUGGAGAUUACUAAAUUUGUAUAUCUAAGUUUCAUUUUCACUUUGCAGUAGACUUUGUUUUGGGACUAAAGUAGUAAUCAUUGUAAUGGUUUAGAUAUGUAUACUUGUUACUUGUAUUUGAACUUUGAAACCUAGAUUUUAAGGCAAAUAAUCCUUUUCUGACA